GUUAGAUGAAAGUUUUAAUGAGCCAAGAAACUUUAUGAUAAUUGAGAUAAGAAGCUUUGCUGAAGCAAAAGAUCUUGUUAAAAUUGAUAUUGAGACAAAGAAUUUGGUUGAAGUGAAAGGUUUUGUUAAUGCAAGAGAUCUUAAAGAAGAAGAUGUUCUUAAAAAGAAAGAUGUGCUUAGAAUAGAAGAUCUUGAAAGCUUUGUUGAAGCAGAAGGUCUUGAAAGUCUUGUUAGGGUAGAAGGCUUUGUUAAGACAAAAGGUUUUGUUUUAAUUUGA